UGCCUCGUAUCUACCUAAACGCAUAAUGCUUUGUAUUAAAAUAACUCCGCGAAUCGCGCACGGUUGCGGCUCCACUGUUACUUCAAGUGUCUAAAUUUAAAAUUACUCCUUACAAAACUUGAACGUCUUGAUGCCAGUAUUAUAGCUCAUUUCCGACAGUCUUCGCAACACAGACCCUCUUCAAUCAAAUUUACAGCAUGUACGGGCAAACAUUAUCAAGUUUGUGAUGCUUUAACGCAAAAUACCAUUGUGAAGUGAACAGCGCAAAUACAUACAGUGGUGGAAUUGAGUAGAUAGAUUUCGAGUGGAUCAGAAAGAUAUUCUCAUAACUUCGUUGAAGAAUCUUUGUGGCAGAAUGUUUAGUGCAUUGCUGCAGUUAUAUAAUAUCUAUAAAUGUAAACACUAUGAAUGGGUUCAAGAGCAACGUACAAAGCCUAUUCUAUAAAGAUUUCCGUUUCUCAGGCAAGAUCCUCAAAAAGCUAGACCAACUAUUUCAAUGUAUAACAUCUUGAAAAUCAUCAAUGUGUGCUGUAAUUAUCUGAAAAGAAAAAUAAGCUAGAUAAAAUUUCAGACAAUGAAAUAUGGAUGAAGAAGAAGACUCAUUAUACUAUGUGUUAGAGUCUUCAAGGUUUUGGGUUCAAAAGGUUCUGGUACCUAUAUUACUAUGUCUUGGCAUAGCUGGAAAUACGUUGACGAUAAUGGUAUUGACAAGGAGGCGUAUGAGGAGCUCCACAAACAUAUACCUCUCAGCUUUGGCCAUAGCUGACAUUUUCCAUCUGAUAUUUGGCUUCUUAUUGUCCUUCACGCACUAUAAGAAUAUCCACGAUAGAAGAUAUGAACUAUACUGGAGGUUCUACGGCUUGACGCACUGGCUAUGUGACGCUGCUAGUGCUACUUCCGCAUGGUUGACGGUCAGCUUCACAUUAGAACGUUACAUUGCUGUAUGUCAUCCAAUGAAAGGAAAAGUCUUUUGUACAGAAGGAAGGGCUAAAAGCAUUAUCGUGAUAGUAUACAUUUUCUGUCUGUUAACAACCGUCUCCACAACAUUCGAAUAUCAACUCACAUUCAACGAGGACUGCCUUGAGAGAUGCAAGGUACUUGUAGAAGAAUCUGGAGAUGAUGCAUUGUCUAGUGACGUCAUCACAAACUUGAAUGUCAGCAGCCAUAUCAUUCAGCCACCAUCAUACGACAUCAUAAAACGUGAAGGUGUGGAUCGAUAUCUUCAACACCAGUUGAAAACCAUUUUGGCCAAUUGUACUAACAAGCCUCAUAUCAUUUAUGUGCCCAUUAGUCCUGAGUUGUUGAAUGUCAGUACUGUACGUGAUACCACAACAGGCGAGAUCCAAAAUAGAACAAAAAGGCAAUACAGUGAAACUAUAGAAGAAAGCUUGACAGGAGUUAGUGAGCCAUCAAAAUUUUUGGAAUCAAUAUUCCCCACAAAAGAUAGCUUCCAAGUUUUGACAGAAACUCGAGGAGAGAAGGUAAUAAGAGAAGCAAUAAAUGGUUUAGAAGAACCAGAGGAAGCCGACAAUGCUCAAGGGAAUGCAGAAUAUAUAGAUGUGAAAGAUGCAGCAAGAGACGGAUAUGAUGUUAAGGAACUAGGAAUGAUGGAAAACAGUACAGACAGCAGUUUUGAAAACAACGAAGAGAAUAGCCAGGACAUCCAGAUGACAGUAGAUAGUAAUAAUAUAACAUACAAAACAUAUUGCUGCUUGAAAAAUCUCACCAUCGAUGUAGAGUCUACAGAUCUAUCAAAAAACAUGAAUUACUUGAACUUCAUCUAUUGGUACUCAGCUUUAUUCUUUGGAAUCAUUCCAUUGGUACUCAUAGCCACCUUCAACUGCUUUUUAAUUAGAGCAGUAUACUUGUCCCAACAACUAAGAAGAGUAAUGACAAAUAGUACAGAAAAUACAAUGUUCAGUAACGAAAGAAGAAUAACUAUAAUUUUGAUUGGUAUAGUGAUAAGUUUUCUUGUCUGUAAUACGCCAACAUCUGCACACUUGAUUUAUUAUCACUUUCAUAAAGUGUCUACUCCAAGAGAAAACAAUAUAAUGCGAAUUUUAGGGAACAUAUUCAAUUUGAUGCUGAUGCUGAACGCACCUUGUAACUUCCUGAUCUACUGCGUCCUAUCCAAAAAGUUCAGGCAAACUUUCAAAAAGAUAUUUUGCGAGAGAAGGAAGAAGAAGCAGUUGGAUGGAGAUACGCUGUUGCUUGCUUCAACAAGAAAGUACAGGACCCCAAGAAAUAUUGAGGUAACCAUAUAUCUGUUCAACAGAGGCAAAUAUGUGAAUACAUAUCAAUUCUGUACAAGAACGAAUCAUCUCAGAUCAUGCUUCUUCAGUCAGAGAAAUACUAACUGGUAAUAAUUCUUUUUCCUGUACUAAUAACUUAGCUAACACUCUAAUCGGUAAUAGCAUGGUAGGAAUGUUCAUUAACUGACAAUCAGUCACUAUAUUAAAAACCUAAUAAUAUCGCAAUUGACCUCUGACAGAGUGAAAACAGCAAGCUGUUAGAAUUGGGUUCCAGUUCUCAUUUGAUACCCGGGUGACCACCGUGGCCGCUAGAUGCCAUUGAUUCUAUCGGUGUGGUAGAUGCGGUCUACUCGUCAUUAAGUAAGCUAAUAAUAAUAUAAUUGCUUGUAGUGGCGACCCGGGUGUCACAUACGAACUGGAAUACAGCACCAACAGACAGCUUGCUGCCUCACUCUCACAGUGGUCGAUUCUGGCAAUAGAUGGCACAUUGUGCUGUCUUAUUUGGAUAUACUUUAUAAUCCGUAGUAGAUAGUUGUUCAGAUUUCGUUCUUUGCCCUACCUGAAACCAAGCCUUGACCAUGAUGAUGAGUUUCCAAAUAGUAUGAAACACCUGUCGAUGAUUGGCCGUCUGUGGUCGGGCGAAAAGAAGCUAUACAACUAGUUAACGUAGCCUUAUUUUAUUUGUGUAACUACAAAUAACGAGGAUGAUUCUAUUUAAUAAAAUUUCUCAAUAUUCCGGAGCCAAGGAAAUAUCAAGUCGCAUAGGAAGGUAGGCUAUAUUCGUUCCUCGUUCCUUUAUGUAUUUUUGAGACUGACUUCAUCGUAAACGGUCAAAAUUUUGGAUCUUUAAAAAGGCUGUGCACUGGGUAGACAAGGAAUUGUAUCCUAUUUAACCUGACUUUUAAGGCUAAUAUUGAUCUUUGAGCGUUGACUUCAGAGUAAUUUGUUUAAAAUUACUUCUAGACUCACUAGAGUCUGUAGUUAUCAAAAGCAUGCAGGCUUUUCUGAUUCCCAGAAGCCCCAAUUUAAUAGCUGUAUAUUGUACGUAUGUAGAUAUAUUAUCUUACUUUCAGGCUAUGCUUUAGCAACAAGUUGCUACUAACGCAUUAACAUCAUUCAUAAUACGAAUCAAAGGUACGUUAUAUAUACAAAUGAUAGUUCUGAUUUCUAUUCUGUUCUGUUAUAAUAGGUAAUAACUCGAGUUCGUUAUGAAUAUCAAUGUGAGAGUAGACGUGUUGAAAGAAAUAACAAUGACUACGAAUGAAUUGUAUUAACAAUAAAUGUGAAUUUUGUUUAUUUUUAGUUAGCAUUACGCUUCUGCCUCAUUAGUGAGAAACAAAUUAUAUCUACAUGUUUAUUCAUUAUCAUCUGCAAACUCCACAAAUACUAUAUACGUAUACACAGGAAUCAUACCGUAAAGUAAUGAAUGAAUAAAAAAAAAUCGGAGGUGCAAAAAUGAAUAUUUCCAUAAAAUGUUAUUACAGAAACAAUACUAUUAUUGAACAUCAUUUUCAUUACUACACCUUUUCAUGUCAAUCUACUUACGUGGCCAGUUUUAUACUAAAUAAUAUAGACAUACUAUGUCUUACUGAAACUAAACUAUCCCUGCAUAUGGGAUAUAGGAGCUUUUUAUCCGUAACAUUUGCUACUACCACUAUCACCGCUAAUAAAAUUGAAGUUUUAUGUUUCUUGUGAUGUAUAAUAAAGAAUCUUAUCGAGUAAAAUAUUAUUUUCUGUUUCAGACUCAAAGCCUAACAAGUAUACCAAGAUCCAAAUCACUAAUGACACGCCCUGUGGGUAAAGCUAAAUCAACUGAUCUAGUUGUAUAGAACAGAUAUAACAAAGCAUACAAAUUUAUUGUAAAUAAAAUUAAUUAUUAAUAAAACAUAUUCAUUCUUAA